CCCUGGCCCGCGCUUCGCCCCGCUGCAGGUGGGGGUGCCGGGACCCCCGCAGCGCCGUCCUCCAUGCAGAGCUACAGGAGGACACCCCUCUCCUACAGCUCCGCUCCGAGGUGGGGAGCUGAGACCCGAGCUGCUUUCGGAGGAGCAAAGAGCAGGGACGUCUCCUCGCUCCCUUUCUCCUCCAGCCGCGCUCUGUGCCCUAAAGCUGAGGCCUUCGUUACCAGUUUAAGGAAACCGGACACUGCAGUGGGAUCGUUCCUGGAACGGGAACGCCCAUGGGGCCGCGUGCCAAGCAUUCACGCUCUGCCUCCAGCCCCGGUGAAAUCAGUCCUUGCCCGCAGGAGAGAGGCCAUGGCUGCCGUCUUCCUGCCUGGAAACCUGCAGGACGAGGCCACUUGUUCCGUGUGCUUGGAGUUCUUCAAGGAUCCCGUGUCCAUCGAGUGCGGGCACAACUUCUGCCGGGCGUGCAUCGUCAAGAGCUGGAAGGACUUGGAGAUGGACUUCCCCUGCCCUCAGUGCAGGGAGAUCUUCCAGCAGAAGAGCCUCCGACCCAACCGCCAGCUGGCCAACAUGUCCGAAAUCAUCAGCCAGUUCGCCUUGCGCGGGGCGAAGGGAGCGGAGGAGGACGGGCUCUGCGUGAAGCACCGCGAAGCCCUCAAGCUCUACUGCAAGGAUGACAGGAGGAGCAUCUGCGUGGUGUGCGACCGCUCCCGCGAGCACCGGCCUCACGCUGUGGUCCCCGUGGAUGAGGCGUCCGAGGAGUACAAGGAAAAAAUCCAGGGCCGCUUGGAUUUCCUGAAAAAGGAGAGGCAGGAACUGCUGGAAUUCAAAGUGAACGACGAUAAGAAAACCCAGGAGCUUCUGAAAACCAUCGAGACCGAGCGUCAGAAACUCCUCGUGGAGUUUGAGGGGCUCCGGCAGUUCCUGCACGACCAGGAGCACAUCCUGCUGGGGCAGCUGGACAAGAUGGAGAAGAGCAUCGCCAAGAGGCAGAACGAGAACAUCACCGACCUCUCCAAGGAGAUCACGCUGCUCAACAAACUCAUCACGGAGCUGGAGGAGAAAAUCCAGCAGCCCGUGCUGGAGUUCCUCAAGGAUGUGAUGAGCAUCAUCAGCAGGAGCGACGAGGUGAAGUGCCAGAAGCCCGUGCCCGUCUGCACCGACAUGAAGGUGCACGUCUGCAAUUUCUGCCUCAAAACGGUGGUCCUGGAGAAAGUCCUCAAGAGGUUCAAAGAAAACCUGCGGGAUGAGUUGGGAAGAGGUGAAAAAGAGGACCUGACCCUGGACCCCGACUCGGCCAACCACCUCCUCAUCCUCUCCGCGGACCUGAAGAGCGUGAGGAUGGGCUGCAGGAAGCAGGAUCUGCCCGACAACCCCAAAAGAUUCGACACCAACUCGCGGGUUUUGGCCACCACGGGCUUCAAAUCGGGGCGGCAUUACUGGGAAGUGGAGGUGGGGGCUUCGGACGGUUGGGCCUUCGGGGUGGCCAAGGAGUCGGUGAGGAGGAAAGGGCUGACUCAGUUUUCUCCCGAGGAAGGGAUUUGGGCAGUGCAGCAGAACGGGGGGCGCUACUGGGCCGUCACUUCGCCCCAACGCACCCCGCUGUGCCUGGGGCAGAAGCUCAGCAAGGUGAGGGUGUACCUGGAUUACGAGGGGGAGGAGGUGUCCUUCUACAACGCCGAGAACAUGCAGCACAUCUUCACCUUCAACGUCGCCUUCCGAGAGAAAGUGUUCCCCCUUUUCUCCGUCUGCUCCACCGUCACCUACAUCAAACUGUGCUCCUGAGGCCGCGGCGGGGACCCAGCGGUGGGUCUGGAAGGAGAGGUUGGGUGAUUGGGAGAGAAAGCUGGGGGAUGAGAGGGUGAGAGGGCAGGGAGGCCGUCCCAGGGGGGCUUCAGGCGAGGAAACGGAGGAGUUCCGGAGCCGUCUGCUGAGUUUCAACCACAUCUUGGUCGACCCGCGGUUGAGGCCAACCCAACUCUGCGAUGAGAAGGAAACCACUGCGCUGCCUCGGGGCCCUGGGGCUGGAACUGGAUGGGUUUUCCUCUUGGGAUGAAGACCGUUGGGGAGAGUUUUUUUUGUUUCGUGUUGUUUAUUUUGGCUCUUCUUGCUCCUGCUGCGAAGAAAUGCCUCCCUGAAGGGUAAAUCUUGCUUGUUUUAGGCGAUUCUUCUAAAAUUUGGGUUAAUUCUGUCCUCCAAAGACUAUUUUUGCGGUAUUUCAGCGGUGGUUUCAACCCUGUGCUCACCACAGUGCGAACUCACCUGGAGACAAACCCCCAAAAUGCUGAUUUUUCAUUGUUUUCCCCCCCCAAAACCGUCCCAUAUGAAGCAGAAAGAAACGGGUGGUGUGGAGACGUCGGGGUUGCGCUGGAAAUAAAACGUCAAGGUGCUACUGGA